CCCGCUUAGUCAGGAGGUGGAUUUUCCAUGAUAUCUGCAUCUCUACUUCUGACCAAAUAAGUGGUAGCAUGUGGUAGCAUUUACUCAUCUGGCCUUGUUAGCAUUGGAAUUGGUGCUAUGCCCCAGACACUGGAAAUUGGCUCUGACGAUAUAGAACCUGUUGGAUCCCAGAUUCCCAUACAAGUUCCUUCAUCUCACAUUUCAAUUGGUGAUGGUCCACAAACUCCGAAAACGACAUCAUUCCUUCAGUCUCUCAUGCUUUACCCAGCUACUGAUGGAACCUUCCAGAACCAGGAAAUGCUGCACAUCCUACUAAUGCAGCUCAGUCUUCCGAGCAUCCUGGGACAAAAGCCACUUAUAAGCUUUGGUGAUGCAUUAGAUAUGUACCAUACCAUCUCAGAGAAGGAGUUGAGGAGGAGCUAACUUCUAAAGGGGUUAUUAGUGUAGACUUCAUUUUUCUCAUGGGUUGAUCUGCAAACUUAGUUGUUGCUUACUAACUUCUGGAGUCCUAGGUUUCCCAUGCUUCAAAUAAGUGAUAACAGUGUUCUUUGUUGUCCGAUUUCUUGAGCUAAGGAGAGAGAACAAUUCCGGUUUUGAAAAAUUAAUUGAAAAAGUCAUAGGGCCGAUCGACUGAAUGAGAGCUUUAUGAGUUGCAAUCUUGUUGAUAUUGGUGCAUAAAAAUGAUUUAGGCAAUAGGAAUAAAAGCCUCAUAUCCAAAUUAUCACAUGCAUGACCCUGCAUAAACCCCUAGUGAGCCAGUUUGAGCCCAAAAGCCUAAUUUCUUUGUUGAAAAUUUUGAUGUCACUAUAUCAGCUUACCUAUUAUAUCCAUUUGUUGGCCUAUAUUUUCUUCCCUAGUCACCAAAAUUAAAGUACUAGCACAUCCUUGGGAGGGUAUUAUGGUGGCAACAUAAAGAUGGAAGUUUUGGACCAUUCAUUAGGUGGUAUUCAUUUGUACUGAGAUACUAAGUGAGUGAAAAGCUGUCACUUCAAACGAAAAUAGAAUAAAAAGGCAGCCUUUCAUGUGUAAAAAAAGCCAAGGCUAUGAAAAAAA